GUUCGGUUGAGUAUUAUGGGCUGGGUGAAAGCACAGAGGCAAAGGUGGCGAGAAGGGAGAUAUACCAGACCAGCUAAAGGGCUGCGACACUGAAGUAAACAUGGAGCUAUCCGCGGUCGGAGAGCGAGUCUUUGCGGCCGAAUCCAUAAUCAAACGGCGCAUAAGACGAGGUCGGAUGGAAUAUCUGGUGAAAUGGAAAGGCUGGUCUCAAAAAUACAGCACAUGGGAACCAGAAGAAAAUAUUUUGGACGAACGUCUCUUUGCCGCUUUCGAAGAGAGAGAACGUGAACGGGAGCUUUAUGGACCGAAAAAGAGAGGUCCAAAACCUGAAACUUUCUUGAUGAAGGCAAGAGCAAAGGCUAAAGGAAAAUCAUAUGAAUUCCGAAGAGAGAUGUCACGAGGAAUGCAUGUUUCAUAUCCUGUUGCUGAACCUGUCAUAACUCCAAGAGCGCGUGAGGGUCUACGUACUGUGGUACCUACAAUAUUUCCACCAAGCACCGUCAACAGAGGAGAAAGUGUCCGACCGCAGGAGUUGGAGAGAAGACCUAGACCAACCGGUUCGCCUAUGAGAGUUACUGACAGCUUUGUGAGCACACCCAAGAAAAGAGGGCCAAAACCUAAGUUAAGGUUCAACGUUAAUGCGAGCAGCUGCGCUUACACAGAGGUCUCAAAGAGGAGGUCAGACGAGCAGAUUGCCUACGGCACUUCUAAAAUGGGAAGGUAUGGUCAUCGUGAAGGUGAAAUGUCAGACUGCAGCGUUACUCAAAUGACUGAAAGAUUUAAACCGAACUUUAAAAAAACGAUGGUGGCUGCAACCAGCGGUUACCAUCUUAUCCAGGCGUCUGCUCUCAGCAAACCAAGACAGGAUAUUCAGGGCCACAGAACUGUUAAGGAAUGUUCAAGUGAAACAUUGCAGCAGUCGAAAGGCCACAAUCCAAGCAGGCCUCAUUCAUAUGAGGAUGAUGAGUUAGAGACUGAACAGUCUGGUUCAAAACAACCAGUGCCGAGUAUUUUUGGAGAUCAGUCUAAUGAAUCCUGGCGUCCAUCCAUCUCAAACAUGGAGAAAGUUGUUGUCACAGAUGUUACGAGUAAUUUUUUAACAGUUACCAUUAAAGAAAGUACUACAGACAAAGGCUUUUUCAGAGAAAAAUGAGUUGACUUCGCUUUGACAUGAGUAUAGAGGCCUAUCGACCAUGUAUAUAGACAUUGCACCUUUUCUGCUUGAUUUCAAAGCUGAUUUAUCAUUAUUAAUUUUCUAUCAAUUUCGCACUUGUACAGCUUACAUAGAUCUUAGUCAUGCAUAGUGUAAAUAUGUAUCUACCUUUACGUGUACAUUGACCUUUUCUAUGGAAAAUGUUAUUUUUUUAGUGAGUUAAUCUGUUUGAGAUUGAGUGUUCAUUUAUUUCCCCUUGUGUACACUGCUACUGACAACUUUAUUAAUUUUCUUUAACUUGUAACAACGAGCACUUUUAUUCAAAUGAUAUUUAGGCUGACGAGUAAUAUUCUCAUAUUCUUAUAUUGUCUUCAGUUAUAUGACCUUAUCAUUGUGUACCAGCGCUGUAAAGGUGUUACUGUAUUAAAGCACAAAUUGUGGGUCCAGA